AUGAGGAGUAGGGAGACUGUCCACGUCCUCAAUUAAAAUCAACCUAUUAGAAAUCAGUUUCCUGCCACGUCACAUUAAAACAACUCAACACAGCUUACAUACAGAUUAUUAUGUGGGCUAUCAAUACAUCUCGAAUUGGCCCAUAUAAAGCCCAUGUCGCCUAAACCUAUUUUCGCUGGAAGGUUGAUUUUUGAUCACCUACGACUCUUCCAUUUCGUUGUCACCGUUUCACCGUUUCAGUUUUCUGUAAUUAUCCCGAUCCACUCUUGAUCAAUUAAUUAUGUUAUUUACUCCUUUCUUUGUACUUGCGUUCCACCUCCUUCUGGUUCUGCUGAGUUGAAUUUCUAUUAUACAGCUGAGAGACGAUAUACGAGAAUAUAUGAGAGUCUUGGUGGUUGGUGCCAGUGGAUUGGGCUGUAAGCUUCUCAAGGACUUGGCUCUUUCCGGGUUUCGUAAUCUGGAUGUGAUUGACAUGGAUCGAAUCGAAGUUACCAAUCUCAAUCGCCAGUUCUUCUUAAGACUUGAGGAUGUAGGAAAGCCUAAGGCAGAGGUAGCUGCAAGGUGUGUCAUGGAGAGAGUGAGUGGAGUGGAGAUUGUGCCGCAUUUUUCACGUAUAGAAGACAAAGAGCUUGACUUUUAUAACGAUUUUAAUAUCAUUGUUCUUGGUCUUGAUUCCAUCGAAGCUCGGAGAUACAUCAAUGGCGUAGCUUGUGGGUUUUUUGAGUAUGAUGAGGAUGAUAACCCGAGGAGUGAAAAGCAAGAGGGUCAUGUAGUCAUGGGAUGGAGACACUGGAGCAAACGAUCAUGUAUCCAUCGAUCCAAAUCAUCUUUAUGAAUCUAGAUGAGUCCUUGGGGAGGCAGAUGAGCGAGUCUUCUAUCUGCGCUACAGAGGAAGAAGAGGAAGACGAUGAUUCCAAGCUGCAAUUGGGUCCUCAGUACACUAUCAAGGAGCAUCUCGAGAAGGAUAAAGAUGAUGAGAGCUUAAGGAAGUGGAAGGAACAGCUUCUUGGAAGUGUUGAUGUCACCAACAUUGGAGAGACUCUUGACCCUGAAGUGAAGAUCAUUAGCCUGGCCAUCUUAUCACCUGGAAGACCAGAUAUUGUUCUUAUGGUACCCGAGAAUGGGAAUCCAAAGGGAAUGUGGUUUACUUUGAAAGAAGGGAGCAAGUACUGUUUGAAAUUCACGUUUCAUGUUAACAACAACAUUGUUAACAAAAUAAGGGAUGGAGGCACUGGAGCAAACCAGCCCAACAUGAGUAUCUUGAUCUCGGGAGGAUCUGGUUUCAUGAUUGGCUCUCACUUGGUUGAUAAGCUGAUGGAAAAUGAGGUCAUUUUUGCUGAUAACUAUGUCACUGGAUCAAAAGAAAACCUCGAGAAGUGGAUCGGUCACCCUAGAUUUGAGCUUAUUCGUCACGAUGUUAGGGAGCCUCUGUUGAUUGAAGUUGAUCGGAUUUACCAUCUUGUUUGUCCUGCCUCUCCUAUCUUCUACAAGUACAACCCCGUUAAGACCAUCCAAACCAAUGUGAUUGGUACACUGAGCAUCAGGCGUGUUGGAGCAAGAAUCCUCCUCACCUCGACCUCGGAGGUCUAUGUAGAUCCUCUCAUCCACCCUCAACCUGAGAGCUACUGGGGAAACGUCAACCCUAUUGGUGUUCGGAGUUGCUACGACGAAGGCGGCAAGCGUGUUGCUGAGACAUUGAUGUUUGACUACCACAGGCAACAUGGCAUUGAAAUCCGCAUUGCUAGAAUCUUCAACACGUAUGGUCCUCGGAUGAACAUAGAUGUUGGGCGUGUGGGGAGCAACUUCAUUCCUCAAGCACUUCGAGGAGACGCAUUGACAAUUCAGAAACCAGGGACACAGACUCGCAGUUUCUGUUAUCUAUCAGACAUGGUGGAAGGAGAUGAUACUGGCCCUAUCAACAUUGGUAACCCAGGUGGGUUCGCAAUGGUGGAACUGGCUGAGACGGUUAAGGAGCUGAUUACCCCCAGCAUAGAGAUAAAGAUGGUGGAGAACACACCGGACGAUCCUAGACAGAGGAAACCAGAUAUAAGCAAGGCUAAAGAAGUGUUGAGUUGGGAGCCAAUGGUGAAGCUCAGAGAAGGACUUCCUCUCAUGGAAGAAAAUUUCAGACUAAAAUCUAAAUUAUAUUGUAAUGAGUCAUCCACCAAAAAGAAAAUGGCGCAACCAUGCAAAUUAUAACUGUGACAUAUAUAAUAUUAAUUAAGAUAACCGGUUUGGCUCAACGAUAAUAAUUGAAUGAAACCAAACCAUAGAUUAAGGAAAUAGGGUCGUAAGCAACCAAACCAUAGUUUAUUUAUUUAUGCUAAAUCAUACUCUCCAUACACAUUCCGAUAUAAUAAAGCUCCCACUGCUACAACAACACAAAAAAAAAAAAAACAAGACAAGUUAGAUCAUUCGAGGAAUUAAAUCGUGGUCUUUUGUUCGAGUAAAUCAAAAUAACCAUAGCAGAAAUUGUAAUCUGCCAAAAAGAGAGAAGGUAAAGCUUUCACAAAAGAAAAAAAGAGAGGAAAAGAAACAUACUUGUCGCAGUGCUCAUAGAAAUAGGACAGGAAUGCUAACACCGCUCUUUCAAGGAAGACCACGGCUAUUUUAGACUUCGGUUAAGACAACCAACGCUCUUUUGCGGCGGACUGUAGGCAUUUUGCAUGUUUGUUAGUAUUUGCAUCCAAAUGCAACAUCUAAAUACUAUGUUAAUUUUUCUGUUUUUUUUUUUUUUAAAAAAAUUUGUAAUACCAUUUGAAUACUAAUAGUUAAAAAUUAAAACUUUCAUUAUUUAUAUUAAUAAUAAUAAACUAAUUAUAAUAUUAAGAUAAAUAUAUUAAAAUUAAUUUUUAUUUUUGGCAGACAAUUAAAAUUUUGCGGUUCUGGUAAAAUAUGAUUUUGCGGUUUCAGCGGAACAACUUAGUUUUCCAAUUUCAGUGAGAAAAAACAAAUUUUUUAAGUUUAGCCAAGAAUACUAAAUUUUUCGGUUUUAACGAAAAAUAUGAUUUUUUUUUGGGCAGGAAAGCGCAAUUUUCAUUUAUGUGGAAAAACUCAAUUUUACGGUUUAAGUGGAAAAGUUCGACUUUCCAGUUUUGGCGGAAAAACAUAUAUUUGCGAUUUUGGCAGAAAAAUUAAAUUUUUGGUUUUGUUAGGAAAUUUUGAUUUUUUGGUUUUAGGGAAAAACACGAUUUUACGAUUUUGGCGGAAAAGUGAUGUUUUUUUUUUUGACGGAAACACAAAUUUCUGGAUUCGAUGGGAAAACUUGAUUUUUUUUUUUGUUUCGGUGGAAAACACAUAAAUUUGCGGUUUUGGCGGAAGAGAUUGAUUUUUUUGCUUUCAGUGGAAAAACGCAAUUUUGAAGUUUUGACAAGAAAAUUUGAUUUUCAGUUUUAGCGGAAAAACUCGAUUUUUCAAUUUUGUAGAAAAAUUAGUUUUCUUUUAUUUCGGUGAAAAAAAUCAAUUUUGUUGUUUUGGUCGGAAAAAUUGAUCACCUCCAUACAACAGAAGAUUUAACAAUUGAACUCACUGCUUCAUCUCGAAGCCCUGGACAAAAGUUUUGUAGAUGCCUCCACAGCCAAAUACCAUCACACAGAAAAACCCAAACAAUAAAGUUAAGUCGAGAACGAGAACGGAAAACCAAAAUCUGAAAAAGAAACAAAUGAAUAGAGACCCACAUACUAGAACCAGACACAAACCCAAAAAAUCCUUAUUUAAUAUAUAAUGCAUGUUUUAUAUUUUUUUAAUUGCUAUGUUUAUACUAAAUAUAAUUUACUUUAAUCCAAUAUUUUUUUUUGUGAAAAUACUUUAUUUUUACCCUAUUUUUCUAUUAAUAAAAUAGAAUUUCAUAGUUAAAAUAAAUUAUAUUUAUCGUCCCCACAAAUUACCAUAUAUUGUUAAGUAUAUUGUAAUGAGUCAUCGACCAAAAAGAAAAUGGUCUAACCAUGCAAAUUAUAACUGGACAUAUGUGUCAUACGAUAACUAAUGAAUUAAUUUCGAAACUAUUUCUUUAACCUAAAAUAAGUCUUGCAUAAAAAAAAAACAAAAAAGAGAAAGAAUUAAUUAAGAUAAUCGGUUUGGCUCAACAAAAAUAAUUGGAUGAAACCAAACCACAGAUUAAAGAAGAACAAAACUUAGGUUCACCCUUUAAAUUCACCUCACCUUUUAUGACCAAUAAAAAUAACACAUAGAUUAUUAAUUAAAAAAUAUUAAAUUAAAUAAAAAAUAACGACAAAAAAUAAUAACGCUAAUUUUAACGACGCUAACGCUUCCAGCGAAACCCUAAAUCUGAAAUUCUAAACCCUAUACCCUUAACCCUAAUCCUAGAUCCUAAACCCAAAUUAUAUACCUUAAAACCAAAAAUAGACUAUAAACCUAAACCAUAUACCCUAAAUCCAAAUCUUAGACCUUAAACCCAAACCGUAAACCUUAACCCAAACCUCUAUAGCAUCUAAGUUUGGGGUUUGGGUUUAGGGUUUACCGUUUAGGUUUUAGGUCUAGGAUUUGGGCUUAGGGUAUAAGUUUUGGGUUUAGGAUUUACGGUUUGGGUUUAGGAUUUACCAUUUGGACUUAUGGUUAAGGUUUUGGGUUUAGGGUAUAUAAUUUGGGUUUAAAGUUUACGGUUUGGGUUUAGGGUCUAGGACUUGGAUUUAUGUAUAGUUUAUAGUCUAGUUUUUGGGUUUAGGGUAUAUAAUUUGGGUUUAGGGUCUAGGAUUAGGGUUUAGGGUAUAGGAUUUGGGUUUAGAAUUUAGGGUAUAGGGUUUAGAAUUUAAAAUUUAGGGUUUAGGGUUUAGCUGUAAGCGUUAGCGUUGUUAAAAUUAGUUUUUUUAUUUUUUAUAGUUAUGUUUUAUUUAAUUUAAUGUUUUUAAGUUAAUAAUCUAUGUAUCAUUUUGAUUGGUCGUAAAGGGUAGGGUGAAUUUAACCUAGGUUCUGUCCAUUAAAGAAAUAGGGUCGUUACACUUUCUUUGUUAAUAUAGUAAUCCUUUACGUUUAGGAUAACAAAUGCGUAUGAACACACAUACAAAGAGAGAUUUAUUUCUACUUUGUAUAAUUUUCAUUGGCAUCGUUAACGCUUUUGUUUCCAAAAUCCAAUAAAAUGGAAACAGGGUCGUUACACUUUGUUUGUUAAUGCCUUAAGGACAAUAUGUGUGUAUGAACACACAUACACACACACACACCAAAAGGGAUCUGUUUCAUUGUCACAAUCUACUUUAUAUGAUUUUGUUUACUAUCAUUAACUGUUAGUUUUGUUUCAAAAAUCCAAAUAUGGAAAACUACGCAUAAUACACUGAUGAAUCUUUCUAGCUGGCAUAAAAAAAGAAGCUGAAAUGGAUCGUCGCAUCCAGAGAGAGAUAGAGCGAGAUGCAUGUGCCCACACCUACUAGUCUACUACAGUCUACAGGUUGAAGUAACUUCGUGGUAACUUCUCAUCUUCACCUGUCUAUAUAUACGCACACAUUGAUCGAGAUCAUUAUCACAUAUCAAGUUCAGACUCUUCCUUUUUUUCAUACUCAAAACCAACUAAAAACACAUUAUGGCUAACAAUUUAGAGGCAAUUUCGAAGGAUGACUUUCUGAGUGAGGAGGAGCGUUUGCUCAUCCUUAAAACCGAGGUCGAGUCUUUGAAGGAACCGAAGGAACAUACGUAUCUCUUUGACGGUACCGUCGACCUAAACGUGCUUGCUGCCAAGACUAUGAACGCUACACGUGGUCACCUAAAGACAUUGGUUGGUACUGCAUGCGCAUUCGUUAUAAGGGCAGAAGAUAAGAAGAGAGGUCAUGAAGUCCCAUCCGGGGAGGUUUUAACGGUCACUAUGGAGGAUUUCGACUUUGCAUGGGGAUUGGUUAAGCAGAUAGAUCCUGCGGAAUUUGAAAAAAAAAGUCCUUCGAAGCCAGCGAGAAAGAGGACGUAAGACUAAGUCAAGCAAGAAUAUAGUUUGAUUCAAAAAAACCAUAUGGAAUAAAUUUAUUAACAUUGAGCAUUAUAUGAUGCGUACGUAGUACUUGGCUUGUAAGUGAACUAAUAUGGGUUUGAUGCAUAUUUUAUAUUUUAUUCCUCUUUAUUGAACUAAUAUAUAUGUGGAAUUUAUUAUCUUUCUCUUUUCUUUUUCGGCAAAAUGUGUGGAUGGUGAAUAUAUGCGUUUGAAAAACAUAAUGCUAAGCAUAACUUGUGUCUUGAAUUUUUCUUUCGAAAACUGUUUACCAACAAAUUGUAAAUAAGCAAACAAAAGUGUCAAACAUAAAUAUAAGUUAUAAGAAGAAGAAAAUGCAGAGUAAAAUUAGUAACCCUAUAAACAAUUGUAAUUA